AUGUCCGAUCAAAACGACCUCCACGUUUCCGGAGUCUUUCCCAUCGGCUUUCUGGACUUGUUCUUUCAGAGCUUCGAGUGCUGCGGUACCUACGCUGAGUUUAUCGUUCUUUUCGAUUGGAGCGCUGGCGCCGUAGCCAGCCAUGGAUGA